AAACAUAUUUCCGGAACUGGGCCCAUAUAUAUUAGAGCAUCUAAAGAGUUAAUCUAUGACAGAGUAAGUUAUAUUGAAUGAGUUUGGAGGGCAUAAUUAUCCCACAUUCAUAAACAUAUGAAUGCAAGUUUGCCAUUGCUUAAUUUAUAAAGAUAAAGCAACUGGAUGCACAGGAUAGUCCUAGGAAACCCAGUUUCAGUUGUGUGUAAACUAAAUCUCUACUGGGCAGUAGAAUAGUUGAUAAUUGAUUCACAUUUCUUUCUGAGGCGGAUAAUGAGUGUAGAGCUGAAAAGAUAACCUACUAUAUACCUGGAGGUGAAUCAUCACAAAAGGAUGAAGAGGUGAUUAUUAUAAAGGAUACACAUGUUCCUAUGAGCGAUUCUUCACUCCAGAACCAUCAAGAAUUACAAAUAAAGAAACGAAGGAAAGAGAGUGGGGAUAAUGUUAAUGUUCAAAGUAAUAUUUUGCUUGAUGUUGUGCCCACUGCCUCAGCAGAAGAAAUAGAGUCAGCAUUAUCCAAUGCAGGAGGAGAUGUGGAUGCUGCUGCACAGCAACUGUUGGGCUUGGAUGAUGAUGAUGAUUCUGAAGAUUUACCUUCAUCUUCACUGGCAAAUGUCUCCGAGGCUCCUGAAACAAGGAAGUCAUCAAAUUUAAGUCUUGAAAGCUAUCAAGCAGAAAACUUAGAUUACAACCUGCCAAAACAGAAGUUCAAUGUUUCUAGAGAGGAUGGUAUGGACGACCUCAAACGGGACAUCUUGAGUUGUUACAAACAACCAGAAUGCAACUUGAAGGCACCGUUGCGUGUGAGAUUUGAAGGGGAAGAUGGUGUAGGCAAUGGCCCUAUUCGAGAAUUUCUUUUAUGUGCCAUGAAAAUUGUUGAAGAAGGGCUUUCCAAAAACAAAAAGCCACUGGUCUUUUUUUAUGGUGAAGACAAUCAUUUACUGCCUAUACAUGAUCAAGCAUUCAGAUGCACGGGUGUUUUUAAGGCAAUUGGGCGUAUCAUAGGUCACUCUGUACUUCACGGAGGUCCUCUUCCUUAUGGCUUUUCACCAGCAAUUUUGCAUUACUGGCAUGUAACAGGAUCACCACAAAUUAAAGACAAAGAUAUUGCUACACAUGCACUCCCGAUUGUUCCAGAAGAUAUUGCCGAUCUUGAAUUACGUGAAAUGAUAACUGAGCUAGAAAAUUGUCAUACCCCAUCACCUGAGAUGUUAAACAAGCUUUGCCCAUAUCUUUUUGAGUCUGGAGUUGACAUGGACAUAUUAUCAGGAAACACACAGCUUGCCAUUCAAGACCUGAUGUUUUAUCAAGUCAUUGAUAAGAGACGCAGAGAACUUGAUGACAUUGCUAAAGGUAUGGAGGAUGCUGGUUUGCAUUCCUUUAUUGGUCACUUACCCACCAACAUGUUAGAAAUUGUCUUUCCGCCCAUUGAAAAAAGAAGAUUAUCCUUUGAUGAGAUCAAAGAAGUACUUAUCUUUGAAGAAGAGAAAGAAAAUGAAAGAACAUUUGCCUUUUUCACAGAGUAUUUAUAUUUCCUGGCAAAAUAUGAAGAAGGUCAACCAUCAUUAACAGACUUAUGUUGCUUUUGUUGUGCAACAAAUACCUUACCUGCAAGGGGAUCAUUAUUGGUCAAAUUUGAUGAUUCAAGUGAACUGCCGCAUGCUGAGACAUGCUUCUCUACUAUUACACUGCCAUCUAAACACAAGUCAUAUGAAGACUUCAAAAAAUUUAUGGAUGUUGCACUGAAGUAUGGCUCACUUGGUUUGGAACUGGUGUAGUUAGACUGCUAUGAGCGAUGUUAGUUAUUGUUACAAUAUUUAUAUGAAGGUGAAAAUGAUGCAUAUCAUCAAGUUCGAAGUCACUGUCCAUUGAGCAGCAAGGAAACAUGUUCAACAGCAGCUAAAUAAGAUUCGAUUCUAUGUGGAUCAUCUUCAGUUUGUCCCUGUCUUAUCACAGUAAGGAUCGAGUCCAUUUGUUCAUUGUUUAAUCUAAGUUGGGUUUGUGGGACAACGACAACAUGAGAAGGAUUUUCUUCUGCCACAGGCCCAUCCUCAGAAAUACCAUAGGAAGAAAAUGCAUUGUUUCUAAUAACAUCAUUCACAGCACUGUAACCAGAAUGUCUCAACUCUAC